CUUCUGUCAAAACACAAAUAUAUAUGAGCAGCGAGGUGCGCUCUUGGAGAGGAAUUGAUGGCAAAUUUGCUGCUCAAGCAUCCUUUGGUGGACUUUUCCAGAACACCAAGGUCAAGCUCAUCAAACCUCAUGGUGGCAUUGUGGCCAUUCCCCUCGAUCGUCUUUGCCCCGAGGAUCAGAAUUAUGUUCGUCAAACUGCACAAAUCUCAACCACCUCAUCUAAAGUUGAAAAACCAAGAUCGCACAUCCCACCCCAACCGCCAUCCCAACCUCAGCCAGAAAAAAAUAGUAAUGGCCAUAUCCGACAACCUGAUAAAAGUACGAUAUUGGCAUACGCACGCCUUGACAAUAAAUCUUCGCCCGGGUUGGCGUCGUUUCUGCGAGAAACCGCAACAUCACAAAGCCCAUUUAGUCUACAAAAAAAAUCCGUACCGCCGACGCCUAUAUCAUUUUCACCGGCUUCCGACGUCAAUCUCAUCGCUGCUGUUGAUCGGUUAGCCGUCUCACCUACUACCAAACAAGUUCCUAAACUUCCAGCAAAAUCAAUGUCAAGGAAGUCGUCAAUCAUAUCUAAAACAGGAUCUGCAGAAUCUCGAUCGUACGCCCCAGUUGCAAACCCACUGUAUAAAAAGAAAAUCCAUUUGAAGGAAUCAUCCUUAGAGGCGAUGCCUUUACCUAUUCUUACUCGUAUAUGUGAAUAUUUGGAUGUUCGGUCUGUCAUCUACUUAAUGGCAAGAAUCAGCAAGAAUUUAAUCGCUGUAUUGGACACACCACAAGCCAAAGCCUUUGGUGUCAUCUCGUUUUUACCGCAUUAUCAGUACCUUAUAGACCAUCGCUUUGUGCUCGCUCUGGCUAGCUUCUUGAAACGACAUAACUUUCUACAUACCGUACACACCAUCAUCUAUGACUCUACUAAAAUACAAGAGUUGACGGUGAUGUACACGUUUGAACACUUCACUGGACUUCGACAUAUAUCACUGCAGAAAUGUUGGGAUGUUCACAGUUAUCCUCUUGCCAAUUUAUUAGCAAGGCGAAACGCAGCCAGAGGACAGGAACGAAUAAGAAUACCACACUUGCGAAGCGUAGAAUUCGGCAGUAUACUUCGCAGAGGAGAUGUGCCUGGAGCAUUUUUGGUUGUCAAGUCAGAAACAUAUGGACAAGAUAUUGGCUUGAUAGGGUUAUCCCUGAGAGGACUUGCUGGACAUGAUAUCAAAUUUGACACUUACCUCUGUGGAGCAUGCGAUCGAGGUCAUGCCAAGCCUAUGUUCGACUGUACUUUCUGUGGCCCAGUAGUGCUAAAGAAAUGUUCUUCUUGUGCACCACAAUGCGAAAGGUGUCAUACACGCGCAUGCGGUCAAGCAACUUGUAAUGCCAGUUAUAAAUUGGAUACGUCUGACACAUGUGGGCGAUGCCAGGAGGUAUACCCAGUGUGCAAUCAGCCCAGUUGUCCUGGUAAUCGGUCUGGUCCCAUUUGCCAAAAAUGCAACUCCAAUUAUCAUGAGCGGUGCCAAUCGGAUGAAGGUGGUCAACUUCGAAGUAAUAUCUGUUCUCGGUGUGGCCUCUUGUCAUGCCCACGAGAUGAUUUAAUUCUCUGUAUCGGUGGCUGUCGAGCACAGUGGUGUGUAUCUCGAGGGUGUGCGCACGAAAGUGGUUUGGACAAGUGUAUGUGUGGUUCAGGGAGAAGCGUUUGCAGACGGUGUCGUAUCACUUGCAAAAAAUGCGGCAGGCACGAUUUUUGCGGUAUCUGUUUACGACGACAUGCUGCAAAGUGCUACUAACAUUGGCAUCCCAUUCCUCGUAAAGAAAUUAUCAAAAAUAAUAACUUUUGUAAUAUCUAU